AUGAUGGAGGUGAAGAGACAGAGAUCUACCUCCCGCUCGCGGCAAGCCUCGCGUCCUACUACCCCCCUAAGGUCGAGCUCCAGGACAUCCAUACGCGAUACACACAGUUUUUCGGUCAGUGGCGGCCCGGCUAGUGGAUCGCGACCGGGAAUAAACAGCUUAGAACCUCAAUUCGCAGAGCUGGCAGAUUCAAUGGCGGACUUGGAGGAGAAUUUUGUACAUCUCCAGUUGAUGCAUGAAAGCCUCUCAAGAUUUAACGAGAGCUUUGCAAGCUUUUUAUAUGGACUAAAUAUGAACGCUUUCUGCGUCGACUUCCCAGAGACACCUAUCCCAGAAUCAUUCACACGUUUUAAGCAGAGGGAAAAGGCAAGAGAGAAAGAAAAUGAAUUGCAAGCUGCUUCAAACCAACAAUACCAAUCUGGCGCAAAUGACGCAGAAACAACUUUCAUGUGUGUUGCCGUAAUCAAAUAUGAUAAUUGUAUUUGA